UUUAUAUUAAUAUUUCUAAUUACUUUUCAAAAUAUAAUUUUCAGCGAAUCUAUUAUGGAGUAUAUUACGUUACAUUCAAGACUGCCAAAUCAGAGCAUGUCUUUACGAUUAGCUUCAAUCCUGGUUCAUGGGGUUACCAAAAUCUACAAAGAACAUGUCGCCUCAACCAUGGGUGAAGUCGAAAUAAUGUUGGAAUUCGGAAUAACAGGCUCUGAUGAAGUUGAAGAAAGAUCCAAAUUUAAAUCAAGACGUGCGAAGAAAAAUGUCACAAUCGAAAACAUCCCGGCACUGGAAUACACCCAGUUCGACAACAACAAUAAUCUUCAAGAACCAGCACUGGAAGAACAGCUUCGUCUUCGGGCUGCACAUGCGGAGGACAUAACAAUGAGAGAGGAACUUCCCAGAGAACAGGAAGAAGAGGAAAUAGACAAAAUUGGUACCAUCGCACUACCUCCUCAUAUGCAGAAUUUGAGUGUAAAGGAACUAAUGAAUAUUGACUUGUCCACGUUCGACGAGGACCCGCCACAGGAGGUGUCGUUUUCCAGUGAUGAACAAACAUCUCCUAAGCAGAUUGUUGCAGUGGCACAAAUUUUAAGGGAGGCUGAUCAAUGGGAUGAACAUAUUCCUGCAAGAACGUCGGCUCCUGGGGAAUCUCCAAGGGGCGUCGUAGUUGAACCUUUGAAGGCCCAGGCCAAGCCACUUCUACAUCCAGAGCUAAUGAUUGAAGAAGCAUCGGGAAAAUCAUUUUCCUCAUCCAGUUCGAAAGGAAAAGAACAAUUUAAACCUUCUCAAGACUCCGAAAGAAAAUCAGUUGAUGAAACUGGGUCAUCAGGUGUGGGAAGAAUGUCUGGAAAAUCGCAAGAUGGAUCUUUUACUUCUCCUAAAAUAUUUAUACUACCGAAAAACCGUGUGACUUUUAUGCAUAAUCGGAGUGUGACAAUUAACAGAGUUAAUUCUAUUCUAAUAAGGGAUCAUACAAAAUUUAUCUUUAAAGUACACCAAUCAAAGAAGCUUGAUGUGGAGAUUCGAAGUACUUCAAUAAAAUUCGACAACAUGGAAGACGAAGAAACCUUUUCUGACAAAAAUGAUAACACUAAGUUUGUGGAAUCUUGGUCCGUUCGUGAAUCAAGGAGCCUCCCAUCCAUGAUGGAUGUUUUAAGAGGCGCAGGAGACUCACCAGAUUCUUUUAGGCAAUUAACUUAUGUACAAUCAAAAUCACGUUCAACAAUUUUGAGUGAUUUGGAAACUGCGUCUCUUCAUAUUGAUAUUUCUUCUUCCAAACGCUCUUUAUCUGAUAGAGAGUCUCAACAUACUCCGUCGGAAAAAAGUGGAUUGUCAGAAGAGCCAAAAUUGGAAGCACUCCAGCCUAUGACGUCAUUAGAUUCUCUAUUAGAAGACACCCAACCUUUGUUGCCAAUAGACCCACCGUUGAAGAUUCGGAGGUUGUCUUCAAUUGAGCCAGUACUAGUAGAUACCCAACCUAUAGUACAAUGCGAAUCAACCUUAGAAACGACUCAGCCUAUUUUGGCUCAACCGACUUUGCCGGACGUUCCAUCACCCAAAAAGUCCCCACCUGUUGACGUCACUAACAGUCAAGAUGCUUUUAAAAUUAUAGAAAAUAGGCAAAUGCACAUUGUUGACGUGGUAAAAGAUUCUGACAAAAGUCUCACAAUAGAAGAUGUAGUUGAGAAGCCCCUUACCAAAUUAAAUGUUGCUAGAGCCUUUGGUGAUUUGCUAUCCUUAUCUAAAAGGAAGUAUGUUAAAUUAGUAACAGAUGAAAAUCUUAAUCUGCAGACUAUUGAAAAAGGGGCUAAGCUCACUUAAGUGAGAAUUUUGUAGCAAAUUUAGUUCUUUAUAUAAGUUUGCAUGUUUAGAUAAUAUAAUAAAUAUAGUUUUAAGUUUAGUGAGUUUUAGUUAGU